AAUUAUAACAUUUCCAAGAGGUUCUGAAAACAAAGCGCAAUUCUACAUUUCCCGUUGCCCUUUGGGUUUCUUUCGUUUUACUCUGAUUUUAUUUUUUAGAUUAAUUUCUAAUUAAGCUUGACAACUUUUUUUUUUUUGGUUAGAACCCCAAGUAUUUGUUUAAUUUGAAUCAGUCCGGACAAUAGCUCCAUGAUUUCUACAAAAAAUGUGGCCAACGCCGUUGGUGGCAAAACGGCAAGAGCUUGUGAUAGCUGUAUAAAGAAACGGGCUCGUUGGUACUGUGCUGCUGAUGAUGCUUUUCUUUGCCAAGCCUGUGAUUCUUCUGUUCACUCGGCUAACUCACUUGCUCGUAGACAUGAAAGGGUUCGAUUGAAAACUGCUUCUGUUCAGUCCUCUGGUCAUGAAGCUCCUUUGGAGAGCUUUGCACCAUCUUGGCAUAAAGGGUUUACCAGAAAGGCAAGGACGAGGCGACCCACAAAGGCUUCUAUUCAUCAAAAGCUAAAAGCUAAGCAUACGAAAAGGAACAGCAACCCCUUUCCUCUCGUUCCUGAAAUUGGUGCUGAUGAGAUAUCGUAUGAAGAGAAUGAAGAGGAGCAGCUUCUUUAUAGGGUACCAAUAUUUGAUCCCCUUGUUGCUGAACUAUGCACUUCUACUACGUCAAAUGAAGCUGCUGUGAGUGCUGUAGGAAACGACGUUGAAACAGCUGAUGCUGCUGUUAGCGAAUCUAAAGCUUUCCUGGCUUGUAAUGGACAAGAUGCUGAUGGUUCACAUGGGCUUUUCCCGUCUGAGAUGGAUCUUGCAGAGUUUGCAGCUGAUGUUGAGAGUUUGCUUGGUAAGGGUCUUGAAAAUGAGUCCUUUGGCAUGGAGGACCUGGGGCUAAUGGACUCUAAAGAGAAGGACUUCAGGGACUGUUCCUUAGGAAACGGUAAAGUGAAGAUUGAAGAUGAAGAGAGUUUUGAAGCUGUUGGGGCGUGCCAGGUCGAUUCUGAAAUCGAUAUGGCGAGGGAACCCCUCGAAUUGAAUUUUAACUGUGAUUCUCCAUGCAACUGUGGAGAGGAAGAUAAGUCGGUAAAGGAAGAGGUAACUGUGAAGAGUUAUGAGGAAUACGAGGAGGAUACUGCAAAAAAGAAGAAGAGGAAGAUACUUUUGAGCCUGGAUUAUGAAUCGGUAAUCACUGCCUGGGCAAGCCAAGGAUCUCCAUGGACUUCUGGUGGCCGCCCAGAUUUUGACCCAGAUGAAUGCUGGCCUGAUUGCAUGGGCACUGGUGGAACAGAAGUUCACCACACCUAUAGUGAUUUGACUGGAAUGGGAGCCCACCAGGCAUUGGGAGAUGGAGGAAGAGAAGCAAGAGUAUCAAGGUAUAGAGAGAAGAGGAGAACAAGGUUGUUCUCGAAGAAAAUAAGGUACGAGGUUCGCAAACUGAAUGCGGAGAAGAGGCGAAUGAAAGGGAGGUUCGUCAAGAGGGCAUCCUUUCUUGCAGGACCUGCUUUUCCUUUGGUCAGCAAAUAGCUGUUUGAACAAUUUGUUAGUACUAAUCACCACUGAACUGAUGUGAAUAACUGGCUAGUAUUUAGGCCUUCAAUGUUCUAUACUCUCCAAAUAAUUAACAAAUAAAAGGCCAUUUUCUUUGU